ACAACGAGUUUCCUCACUCAGAGUGUCCGAGCCGUCGUGAGAGACGGUCGCGUGGUGUCCGAACAGUAAACAUGAAUAUCGUACUCGCUUUGUGUGUCUUCGCGGUUAGUGCAAGCUUUGCGAGUGGACAAGCCUGCACAUUGCCAAACAACGACAAAGGGACUUGCAAGUCCUUACUCCAGUGUGAUGUUGCGUCAAAAAUUAUUAGCAAGAAACCCAGGACAGCCCAGGACGAGAAGUUCCUGAGGGAAUCUGCUUGCGGAUUUGAUGGACAAACACCUAAGGUGUGCUGCCCUGAGUCAGACACAUUGUCAUGUUUGACGCCUGACAACAAGCCAGGAAAAUGUGUCAACAUAAAGAAGUGUACACACCUCGCCGAGAUAGAAGAGGAUCCGAUUGGAGAAGAUGAAACGACGUACCUUAAGAAUUCUGUUUGUGCUGGGCCUGAAGAUAACAGCGUCUGUUGUGGACCACCAUUGCCGACCAAAUUCGGUGAAGUAAACACCAAGACGACUUGCGAACAAUCAGCAUUCCCUCCAGACCCAGACAGCGACUGCUGCGGCCUGGAUUCGAGCUUCGAUAAUAAAAUCCUUGGUGGCGAAGCGACUGCGAUCGAUCAGUACCCUUGGUUGGCUCUCAUCGAGUACCACAAGCUGGCUGAAAUAAAACUGAUGUGCGGUGGAUCUCUGAUCAGCGCUAAAUACGUGCUGACUGCUGCCCAUUGUGUUAAAGGGCCUAUCCUCGAAAAGGGAACACCGAAGAACGUCCGUCUCGGUGAAUACAACACGACUAAUAACGGACCCGAUUGCGUGCCGUCUGAUGCCGGCAGCCAAGAUUGUACCGAGGGCAUGGUCCUGGCUCCGAUAGAGCAGACCAUCCCCCACCCGAAGUACAAGCCGUACAGCCUCAACAAGCAGCACGACAUAGCACUCAUCAGGCUCAGGACCUUCGCGCCUAGAACAGAUUUUAUCAGUCCUAUUUGCCUGCCCAAGAUUGACUAUGCACAGUCGCCUCCUUCAGCUUUCUCGCUCUAUGUGGCCGGGUGGGGGCGAUACAUCCAGGACGUGGAAGCCGGAAUAUACCGCAGUAGUAAAAUAAAGUUACAUGUGAACGUGCCCUUUGUCGAUAAUGAGCGCUGCUUAGGGGGCGUGCGGAAACUAAGAAACGGUGAAAACAUAUCUCUGUGGAAGGGACAGCUUUGCGCCGGUGGCGUUUCGGGUAAAGACUCUUGCAAAGGUGACUCCGGCGGUCCUCUCAUGUAUGAUAAAGAGAGAAAAUACGAAGCUGUGGGCGUCGUGAGUUACGGUGCCGAGAUAUGUGGGCAGCAGGGCAUUCCCGGCGUGUACACUAAUGUACACGAGUACCUUCCUUGGAUUAAGGCUACAAUAAAGGCAUAAAAUGUUCGUAAUCUUGUCAUUAAUUUUAUAUUCAGCCCAGUUGUUUGAAACCAAAAGAAUCACAAUGUUAAUUUGUAAUUAACUAAGCUUAAGUACUUAGAUAAUGUAAAAAAGGACGCGGCUUGUAGUCUUUCCGUUCUGCCAAAAUAUAAGAACAAAUAGGCUCCUAA